AUGCCGAUCCCCACGGGCAAGAUGGAGCGCCCAGCAGCCACCUUCUAUGACAUUGUCAUUGUUGGCGCGGGCCCCGUCGGGCUCAUGCUCUCGACCCUCCUCGCCCGCCUGGGCUACAAAAUCAAGCAUAUUGACAACCGUGCCGAGCCCACCCCACGCGGCCGCGCCGACGGCAUCCAGCCACGAUCCAUGGACCUUCUGCAGAACAUGGGCCUCAUGGCUCCCAUCAUGACCCACGACCCGGCCAAGGUGUACGAGGUCGCCUUCUGGGAGCCCUCGCCCGACGGGAGCGACAGCAUCGUCAAGACCGGCGCGUGGCCCAGCUGCCCGUCCUUCCUCCAGGCCCGGUACCCCUUUACCACCCUCCUCCACCAGGGCCUCAUUGAGCGCGUCUUUAUCGACGACCUGGCAAAGUCGGGCGUCUCUGUGCAGCGGCCCUGGACCAUCAAGGACUUCAAGACGACCGGUGAGCACCCAGAGCACCCCGUCGAGGUCCUCCUCGAGCGCGAAGACGGUCUCUUCCAGCAGAAACUGUAUGCAAAGUACCUCUUCAGUGGAGAGGGCGCCCGCUCCGGCAUUCGCCAGGCCCUGGGGAUCCCCGUUACUUACAAGGAUCCCAUCUCCUACGUAUGGGCUGUCAUGGAUGGUGUUGUGCAGACAGACUUUCCUAGCAUCAAGAUGAAAUGCACCAUUCACUCCAACCGUGGCUCCAUCAUGGUCAUCCCCAGAGAAAACAACAUGGUCCGCCUGUAUGUGCGCAUUGCGUCGUCGGCCGAUCCAGAUUUCGAUCCGCGCAAGGGCGCAACCGAGGAAGAGGUGCAGCAGAUAGCCAAGGAGAUUCUGCGGCCUUACUCCAUCACCUGGGAGAACGUCGACUGGUUCUCUGUAUACCCGAUCGGUCAGGGUAUCGCUGCCAACUACACGCUCGACCAGCGAGUGUUCCUUGGUGGCGAUGCAUGCCAUACUCACAGUCCCAAAGCUGGUCAGGGAAUGAACACGGCGUUCCUCGACGCGCAGAACCUGGCCUGGAAGAUCCACGCAGUCGAGUCUGGCUUUGCAUCCCGGGAAAUCCUCAAGACAUAUGAGACUGAGCGGAAGGCAGUGGCCGAGGAUCUCCUCUCAUUCGACAACAAGUACGCCAAGCUGUUCUCCCAAAAAGCGCCACCGGCCUCUGCAAUGGGCACCAGUGGCAGCGGCAGCAAGACAGAUGGAAGUAACACCGAGCACGUCAACGACUUUGUGGAGACCUUCAAGGCAUCCUGUGCCUUUACCAGCGGCUACGGCGUCAAGUAUGGCCCCAACCAGAUCAACUGGUCCGGCUUGUCUGAGUCGUCGUCGUCCAUCCCCGGAUCGGAGCUCCUCUGCCCUCGCAAUGUCAAGUUGCAGCCAGGAAACCUGAUGAUGACGGCCGACGUGACGCGCGUGGCGGACGCCAACGUGGUCGCGCUGGAGCAGGAGAUCCCCGAGAACGGCGCGUUCCGGAUAUACAUCUUCGCGGGCAACCCGUCGUUGCCGACGACGGCCACGGCGCUGCAAGAUCUCGCCACAUACAGCAUGGCCAAGGGUUCCUACCUUGCCGAGUAUCUGCGGGACGACAUCGAGAGCGUCUCGUACCACGAGCGGCACAACCCGCACAGCAGGCACUUCACCUUUUGCACCAUCCUCGCCGCCCAGCACGGCGACGUCGACCCUGUCAAAAUGCUCCCGCCCUUGCUCGCGCGGUAUCGGGACCACGUCUACGCCGACGACGUCGACGACCGGAGGCUGUCCAGGGGACGCUUCGCGGCGCACACCAAGCUCGGCGUGCAAGACCUAGCUGAUGGCGGAGUUGUCGUGGUCGUCCGGCCGGACGGCUAUGUCGGCGCCAGCGUCUGCCUGAAGCCCGGCCGGGCGACCGUGGACGCGCUCAACUUGUACUUCUCGGGCUUCUGUGCCAAGCCACUGGGUUGCGCGUAAGGAUGACUGCCGGGUCAGCAGUCGACGAGCGGGUGUCGCGUUAUUUGUAUAUAAGCCUCGGGCGUUUCCUAUUUGGAUAGACCAGCCCUUGGGUUCU